AUGGAGUCUCGUCGUCCAUCCGUGAGACAGAGCCAUAGCGCUGAGGUCGAAAUACCUCUGCUUCAAUACCCGCUUUCCACCGAUUCUCGACAGGACUUGGAACACCCAGUGGAAUCGCAGGAAGGGAUACCGAGACAGGACGAUCUGCCCUCGCAUCUUCAUGAACCGGAAGGACGACUCUUGGAAGCCGAGUCCACUAGUAGCACGAAGGCGUCGAGCAUCCGAAAUUACGACCAGGCUGAACCAUAUUCUGAGCCAGUCACGUGCAACUUUCCGCCCCGCAAUUUCGUUUCGCAUCCUGGCCCGGGAGGUUAUCAAAAUCGAAACUCGAUCAAGUAUGAGGCUCUCGAGGAAGACUCUGGAAGAGUCGGCUCCGACGCGGCUUCAUGGCAACCAUACACCCUCCGAUGGUGGUUUCUCGCACUUCUCGCUGUCUCGAUGUUGACCCUACUUCUCCUCGUGUCCCUGCUUCUUCACUACUCGGUCAAAAAUGAUGGACUAGGCACCGACGAUGACUCAACCAUGCAGCUCUUCGGAUGGCGCUUCACCCCUUCUCUUCUCGCCGUCUUUUACGUCCAACUGACUGCGAUGCUUCUCGAUGACGUCAAGAGAACCGAGGCUUUCGCCCAGAUGGCCAAGUUUGGAGGCGCUCCAGCAUACGCAAGCAUACUUCGAGCUCCUGGAGCAUGGUGGAAUGCUCUAGCCGACGGCUUCUCAAGGAAAGGAGGAAGAAGCUGGGUCCUCGUUUCCGCUGCCCUUAUCAACAUAUUCGGGUUUCUGGUGGUGUCGCCACUGUCAUCAUCACUUUUGGAGCCGAUGGACAUUUCUAUCAGCACCGAUGGCCAAUUUUCUCGCAUGGCGCCCGAGAGUCCUAUUUCGCCGACGAGUGGAAGGGAGACCAUGUUGCGGACCAUCGGUCAUCUCCUACAGGAUGUUUCGACUUCUGCGUGGAUAAGUGACGACUACACAAUCAUUCCGUUCUGGCCCUCUGAUCGACCGAGUGCUCCUCUGGGACCUUUCUUGUCAACGACUCCGCAGGAGUGGCAAGCUGAAACAACGGUCUUGAAUACUGAACUUGACUGCAAGUCGAUGUCGUUGGUCAGGAUGAAAGAGAUGAACGUCAGCGACAUACCCAUAGACAUCACUGUCGCAGUUUUGGACUCUGGCGAUGGAUGCACGCAUGAAUUCCGCCUUGAUCCGCCAUUUGGAUCUUGGUACGACAAUAGGACCUUGGUUACAACUGAAUUAACCCCGGCCAAUUGGACUAGUGGUUGUGGAGAGAGGGAGUUUAUUCUCAUCGCGCCGACAAAUCAGACGGCUAUUCCCGUGGCGCGAAUAUGCUCCGCGAACUACUACAUGGCUGAGAUGAACGUCACUGCCCGCAUAUCCAGCACUUUUUCCGAGAUGGUAUUCGACGAAGAGGAAUACCGCAGAAAGCGCUCGCCUAUUCCUGAGAGCUUCAUGGACGUCACGCUGGCUCAAAAUUUGUCUCUCGGGUUUCCUUGGUCAGACUACUUGGUAGAGUCCUCAUCGUCAAUGAGCCGUCCCCCUAACACUGGCUUAAUGGUCCUUUUCGGAGCUCUGUACAACUUCAACUUCAAGGCUAUGGUAGACGACCGCGAUUUACUCACUCAAGCCUCUCGUGUGAAGCAGAGAAUUUUUGGCGAAGUGCUACAGUACUCUCUUCAGCAGCAGAAUGCCCCCGAAAGGAGCAUUAACGGGACUGUCACAGUUGUUGCGACACGCAUUGUAGUGACAGCUGGGGUUGCCGUUGCUUUGGUGACAUUCUUCUUCCUGUCUUUGUGCCUGCUGGCAGUAGUAUGGACACUAUCCGGUCAUCGAUUCAGGCCUCUCAACCUACGACAGGACCCCGCCACGACUACGGGUGUCGCCUCUUUGAUAGUCAAUGCGCCUGCUACGCAGAACUCAUUCAAACACGCUUCUACGAAGGACGCCCUGCAAGAGAAACGAUAUUUCACCACACCUUCGGUCCUGCAUGAAUCAAGUGAGAUCACGAGAGUGAACUCAUACAACAACUACGGAAGCUAA